AUGGCAUUUAAUGGAUUAGCUUUUGUUACAUCGGGAUUUAUUCUACAAAACGAAUCGUCCACCAAAUGGGCUUAUAUAAAGAAAUAUAAUAUCAUUGGUAGAAUGUAUUUAUUUGACUUCAACAAGAAUAAAGCGGAAGUCGAGCAGCUGGAAGUCAUUGGAAGUAAUGGGGGAUUUGAUGUGUCCAGAUUCUUACCUCACGGAAUCAGUGGCUGGCAGGAUGCUAAAACAGGAAAGAAAACGCUGUUUGUGGUGAAUCAUGAACGACUAGGGGUUGAUUGUAUUGAAAAGUUUGAAUUUAUUCCUGGGAAAAAGCAACUUAAACACGUUAAACGAUAUCGUGAUGAUACCAUGCUACUUGUCAACGAUGUACAAGUAACUGGAGAGAAUAGUUUUUAUUUUACCAAUUUUGGCACUGGUCCAAGCCAACGUAUGAUGAUGGUACAGAUACUAGGCCGAACGUCGUGGAAUACAGUGGUAUAUUUUGAUGGUAAAACAUACAGAGUGGUAUUAGAUGGCAUGGCUAUGUCAAAUGGGUUAUAUAUGUCUAAUGACGGAAGGCAAGUUUAUGCAGUCAACUCGUUUCCUGACAAUGUAGUCGUAGAUAUGAAAACAGGGCAUUUAUAUGUCGGAUCUCAUCCUAUUCAACACAUCUUAGCCAACCAUAUCAAUGAUCCCGAAAUUAAAACCCCUUCACAGGUUUUGAAGUUAGAUGUAAAAGAUGGGUAUAUAAUUAGAACGAGAGAACUUCUGUAUGAUGAUGGUCAUGUAUUAUCAGGUUCUUCGACUGCUGUUAUAUACAAUAAUAAAUUACUAGUAGGAUCCAUUAUAGACAAACUAAUAAUAUGUGACGUCAACGUUCCCAUUUAA